GGCCGCCCCGCGCCCCCGCCCUCCCUGGUGCAGGUAUUGCCGCUGUGCUACAUUAAAAUAAAACUGAAUAAAUCCCGCACCGCGCCGGGGGGACGCCUCCAGGCGUGUUUAGCUCCGGGACGGGGCUCGUAGCAGCGGGCCUCCGGUGUCUGUCACGGUGCUUUUUUUCCUUCUGGAGAAGGGACACGGGCUGUUGCUCUGUCCCUUGAGUUUUGCCGGUUAACCACUGAGUUGGGAACGCUUCGCUCCGCUUCAUUUCAUCAGCCCAUCCAGCAGCAGACUCAUGAGCUCACCAGGUUUUGCCUGAUGGAAUUGCUCAGACUUCCAGUGCUCUAAAAGGAAGAGGAGACUUGGAUUCUUCACAGUCAGCACUGAGAGACUGCCCAUUCACUGUUCUUGCAGCGUUCCUCAUGUGCAAAUUCAUUGCCCAAGACAAAAUCUGAAGCGACAGACAAUUCACAAAGCUGCUCCGUCACCCCAAGUUUUGGAAAGCAUCACCCUUUUGUUACGUCCUCUGUUCAAUUUAAAAACAAAAAUGCAGUUACCAUGACAACUCUUGCCCACACUGGAAAUCCGUUAUUGGGAGUUUCUGGCAUGGCUUUUAUUUGCAUAUGCUGCAAACUGCACUGUUAUUAAACAGACUGUUGACUAUUCUUCCAGUCACUGACUUGGACAACUGAUGUGGCAGUAGUCACAACUUUCUGGUUCCAGGAAUUUCCAUGGGAUGCAGAUCAUGCCACUGGAAUGCAUUUGAGUAAACGAUGAGUUCUGCAUUUCUCAGGAGUCUUCCAAUACAUUUGCUUAAUUACCUUUUAAUGGUGUUCUAAGUGAGCUGAUGUAAAACGAAUGGUCUUGGGUCAUGAGUGAAGAAAAAAGCUUUGGUGUAUCCCAGAAAAUGCUGUCUCCUUCAAGAAGUACUAGCAGCUGCUCCUCCAAGCAGGGAAGUCGACAGCAGGACAGCUGGGAAAUUGUAGAAGGACUCCGGGGAGCAAUGAAUUGUACCCAGGAACCACAGAAGCAGGAAGGCUGCUUGCUGAAAAAGAGGAAAUGGCCUUUGAAGGGCUGGCACAAGAGAUACUUCUUUUUGGACAGAGGGAUUUUGAAAUAUUCUAAAUGCCAAGCUGAUAUAGAGAGAGGGAAGCUUCAUGGCUGUAUUGAUGUUGGACUUUCUGUCAUGUCUGUAAAGAAAUCAACAAAAUGUAUAGAUUUGGAUACAGAAGAGCAGAUAUACCAUCUGAAGGUGAAAUCUCAGGAGCUGUUUGAUGAAUGGGUAGCAAAACUUCGUCAUCACAGAAUGUAUCGUCAGAAUGAAAUCUCCAUGUUUCCUCAUGACGUCAAUAAUCUUUUCUUCCCUGUAUCUGCUACUGUGGACUCUGUCCCUGGUGUGUGUGAUUCUACUCCAAGUAGAAAGGCAGGCAGCUUGACCAAACAGAAUUCACUGUCAGCUGGAGGUAACUUGUCAUUUUCCUUUUCGAGUAAUGAGUCCAGGAUUCCAUCGUGGCUACAGUCUUCUGAAGACAUGGAAAAAUGCUUGAGAGAUCUCUCCACUUGUCACACACAUUUACUGGAAAUGAACCAGCUGUUACAGAGCAUGGAUGUUCUUCACAGGACCUAUUCAGCGCCUGCUAUAAAUGCUAUGCAGGUUGGACCUUUUGAAAGCCCAAAGAAGGAAAAGAGAACACACAGGAGGUGGAGAUCCAGAGUUGUUGGUAAAGAGGCUAAAGGAACGUUACAGGUGCCUUCAGUCUUUUCUGCCCCUAUGAGACUGCAUGCUUCCAAUCCUAACUUAUCUACAAUAGAUUUUGUAGAAGAGAAAAACUACUCUGAUGGCUCUGAAACAUCAUCAGAAUUUACUAAAAUGCAGGAGGACUUAUUUCACAUUGCACAUAAAGUUUACUUCACCUUGAAGUCAGCUUUCAGCACCAUAUCUACAGAGAGAGAAAAGCUGAAGCAGAUGCUGGAGCACGAUGUAUCCUCAUCUCCAUCUGCACAAAUAGUUGGCUUGAAGAAUGCCUUAACAUCUGCAAUAGCACAAAACACUGAUCUAAAAGACCGGUUACGCAGAAUACAUGCCGAAUCUAUGAUCCUUGAUUCAGCAUCUAAUGCAAAAUCAAGUCCAGAUUUGGUGAAGGAAAAUUCAAGAGAAGAAAGCAGAGGUCUGGUUCACCAGAUCUCCAAUGAAAGCAGACUCUCUAUCGCUGACUCUCUCACAGAAUUUUUCGAUGCACAGGAAGUCCUACUGUCUGCUAGCUCUUCAGAAAAUGAGGUAUCAGAUGAUGACUCAUAUGUAAGUGAUAUCAGUGAUAAUGUCUCAGAAGAUAACCUAAGCAAUGACAUGGAGAAUGAAAGACAAACUUUAGACUGUAUUUCUGAAAGUGGAAUUGGAUGCCAUUCUAAACGGAGAACAUGUUUACCAGCCCCAUGCCCUAAUACUAGUAAUAUCAGCCUAUGGAAUAUCCUGAGAAAUAACAUAGGAAAGGAUCUCUCCAAAGUGGCCAUGCCUGUUGAAUUAAAUGAGCCACUUAACACCCUUCAGCGUCUCUGCGAGGAGCUGGAAUACAGUGAACUACUAGAUAAAGCAGCGCAUACACCUAACCCAUUUGAGCGGAUGGUGUAUAUAGCUGCAUUUGCAGUAUCCGCGUAUGCCUCCAGUUACUACCGAGCUGGAAGUAAGCCGUUUAAUCCUGUUCUUGGAGAAACCUAUGAGUGUAUUCGGGAAGAUAAGGGUUUCCAGUUCUUUGCAGAACAGGUCAGUCACCAUCCACCUAUUUCUGCAUGCCAUGCUGAAUCUGUGAAUUUUGCUUUUUGGCAAGAUGUAAGAUGGAAAAACAAAUUCUGGGGAAAGUCCAUGGAAAUUGUUCCAGUUGGUAUAACGCAUGUAACUCUUCCAGCGUUUAAAGACCACUUUGCAUGGAACAAGGUGACAUCUUGCAUCCAUAACAUCUUAAGUGGACAAAGAUGGAUUGAACACUACGGAGAGAUCAUCAUCAAAAAUCUUAACGAUGACACUUGUUACUGCAAACUGACUUUUGUAAAGGCAAAGUACUGGAAUCCAAAUGCACACGAGAUUGAAGGCAGUGUCAUGGAUAAAACUGGGAAAGUUGUGCAUCGGCUCUUUGGGAAGUGGCAUGAAAGUUUAUACUGUGGGACGACUUCAUCUUCGAACUGUAUAUGGAGAGCAAAUCCAAUGCCUAAAGACUAUGAGCAGUGGUAUGGAUUUACUCAGUUUGCACUGGAGUUAAAUGAACUGGACCUGCAAACUAGGUCAUUACUUCCAUCCACUGAUACACGUUUUAGGCCAGACCAAAGGUUUCUAGAAGAAGGGAAUAUUGAAGGAGCUGAAAUGCAAAAACAGAGAAUUGAGCAACUACAGAGAGAACGACGGAAGGUGCUGGAAGAAAACAAUUUAGAGCAUCAGCCUAGAUUUUUCAGGAAAUCCAAAGAUGACUCCUGGGUGAGCAAUGGAACCUACAUGGACCUUAGAAAAGAACCUGGUUUUUCCAAACUGGACAAUCCUGUCCUCUGGUGAAAGAGGAGCCAAGUGAAGAUGUGCUGUGCUGUUUUCUUGGAUCUGAUUUAAAAGAAGUAUAUAUAAAUAUAUGUGUAUAUAUAUAUAUCUCUCUACACACACACAUAUAAUAUAUGUGUGGGGGGGUUGUAUGUGUGCAAGUGUGCAUAUCUCCAGAAUUGUGCUUACUUUAGGAUAUGAUAAUUCACUUGUUUUCUCUACUCUAUUGCAAUGAUUGUUUGAAUGUAUAAAUACCCUAACUUCUUUUUAUAAAAUAUUUAAUAAAUAGCACUGAAUGUUAACAACUAGAGGGAAAAGAGGAGCUUUUACACUACUUUCCCAGGUGUGAUGGUAAUGUCAGUUCUGAGUUAACUUAUGCCUUAUUGAGUUGCAUUGGGGACAGUAGCAUCAGCUUCUCCUAGCUGUGCUGAGAAGUGAGCGUAAGCCUUAGUAACUCAAACUGUAAGUAGGCUUCCACAGUACAAUGAGUAGUUCAGCUGUCUCUGGGCUGGUCUAAAUUCCUAAAAACGCAUUAUCAGUUGGUGCUGAAACCUGAGUACGAUCCUUUGCUGCCUGUGGAAAAGAUUCAAAUAAGCUUUGGUUUCUAUUAGCUUUCUUACUAGCGUUAUGGAAGGAGUAGUUGUGAGCUUACUUCAGUGGACUGAUGGCUGUAUAAGUGUACGGCUAAAAGCAGUGCUAGAAAUUCAGGAAUCGACAGCAUUUUCCACUGGGAAUCUUCAGAUUUAUAGCCCCCAACAGGGCAGGAGGAGACGGUCUUUUGUAUAUAAUGGUUGAGCACCGACUAGAUGAAGCAGCUCUCUCUUUUUCCAGUAAGUAAUGUGUAUACAGAGCACAAAAUCCUGUGCUUCCAUAGCUUCAUUUGUUUUUAUUAACCUAAAAAUUGCAACAGUAAGUCUUUUUAAAAAGUAAGCAAACUGAUUGUUUUAAUCUAGAUUUUUUUUCUUAGUAUUUUGAUAUUUUCUACCUCUUCAAAAAUAAACAACAUAUUUAAGAUCUUAUAUUUAACAAAUGACCAUCUGCCUUAUGGAGAAAUGUAUGGAAUCGUUGAUCUUCCUCUGUUUGUUUGUUACGUUCAGAUAAAUAUUAAGUGUCUUGCACUAAAUCAAUUGCUUCUCUUUCCUGUAAUUUUAUACAUUUGGGUAGAUUUGCAAAAGUACGAAACUAUAGGUUAAAAUAUACCAGGAAAUAAAUGUAGCAGAAUUAGCACUUUUGAAUGAAGAUUACAGUGAUGGGCAAUUUUAUUUAUUUUCCUUUCCAUGAAAUCACAGUGCUCAUGAACUAACUGCAUUCCUGCCUACCUACCUGCAACUCAACCCGGACUCAUUCUUCAAGUUUGUUCUGUGUGUCUGUGACUCUCUGGCAAGAAAACACUUUUCAAGUUUAGAUCUAUAUCCACCACAACCCUCAUUUUUUUCUUACAUGCCACCAUGCCACUUCAAAGAUAGAAAAUACACGCUAUCUAUGAUAAAUGUUGUUGGCAUGUUUACCUGGCUUAUGACUGGGACAAAUGGACAAUACAGGCAUAAGGGUUGCUCUUAGAAGCACUAGUACCUUAGAAAAGCACUAGUACCUUAGAAAAGCUCUCUUCCUCCUUUUUUUUUUUCUUUUACAGUUUUUUACAUCUUACAGCAUUGUUCUAAAGAAAACCCAUUAAAGCGGAUCCAUGUAAUAUAUGUAAUGAAGGAAAUAGUACAAAAACUUCAAUUUUUAAACAAAAUCCGUGGUAUCAGUUUAGAUGUAUAUUUAAAUUUUGUUUCCUGUUACCUUGAAGCUUCAUUGUCUUACAAUCAAAUGCUUUUUCACCAUUAUUCGCUUUGCCCAGGAAUUCUGGCUCGCUGUCGUUUCUGUAAUUUAUUACCAAAAAAGUUAGCAUAACUCUUUUCUAUUUAAUAUGUCUCUUAAAGAUUCAGCUAGCACUCCAGCAGCUUACAACAAGGCAAGGUUCAAGUCAGUAUGAAAAGAAAAUCUGUGCUUUGAUUCCGAAGGAAAUCUUAACCUCUGGGGACUGUUUGGCUUUUCAAGGAAAAUGAGAAUCUCUUCAUGGCUUGAGCCCUUCCUGUUUUACUCUUGUAUUAUCAAAACUUGGCACAGGAAUGAAUGGAUAUUUGUAAUUACCCUUGUUGUUGGUAAUUUGUAUGAAAAAUCACACACAUUUAACAACAAAGGAGGUAGGAGAAAGGAAAAAAAAAAAAAAAAAAAAAAAAGCUUUUAAGAAAGGGAGUAAAAUUUAUGGAGGAUACCUGAAAUUUGCUCAUUGUCAUAUCUGGCAGCUAUUGUGAUACUGUCUGAUCUGAUUGCUGCUUUUUCAUUUUCUACAUAUGGAGUGGAUUUCCCCCUACUAUGUCAUAUGAGCUGGUAGUUGAUAGCUUUCAAAAUUAAAGGAUUAGAGGCAAAAAGAGAGUUAAAGAACCAUAAUACAUUAAAAUCUGUGGGUGUUAAACAAAAACUAAUUUCAUUUUGGCUGUUUGAGUCAUGAUUUUUGAGAAAUCAGACUGGUGCUGUUGUCUUGUAUCUUCCAAUCCAAAAUGUCUCAAAGACAUUUACUUAAUGACAGGGAGAAUUGGGCUGGGAAGUGCCUUACAGAAAAUUGUUUCCUUUGACAAAAUUCCCGUAGCAGGAAGGCAAAACUCAGAAUUUUAUGAUCUUCCUCAGUAAAAUAAUGCCCACGAAGAACCCGGUGCAUUUUUUAGAUAAACAAAGGAAAACUGUUGCAGAAGAACUCCUUUUGUAAAUCCUUGAUACACAUCUGAAAACCCGGUGUAACCAGUCAGGAAUGAUCCUCUGACCCCACACUUCCAACUACAAUAUAGUUGUCCCUGCUUAUCUUUGUGUGGAGUUGGGUGUAGUUGUUAAGCUUCUGACAAGUGUAUAUUAAGAAGUGGAAGAAAAAUGUCUCUGUUACUUGUGUAUUUCUGUAAAAAAAAUAUAUUCAUCAUUCACAAACCUUAAUACAAUCUGUAGUUUUUCUUGCUAAAAUAAUGACAUUUUGGUAAUGAUUUUUCCGAAAACUUCAGCUGUGUUAGAGUGCCUGACUUACAUGAGCUUUCUGCAAUAUACUAAGACAUAUGUUGUUUUUAGUGAUUGACAUUUAGAGUCUUUCUAGCCUGAGUAGUAGAAAGAAAAUAGCGAGCAACUUACUGCAUCCUUUCAUGCGCAGCAGUGACUCCCAAACUCUUCAGCUCAAUGGAUGAGUCCCAGAAUUUCCUGUUGACCGUUGCCUGCUGUUUUAGCACUCUUGAUGACGUUGUAAACAUUACUUAAUAUGACUGGGGGGGCAGUUUGAGCACCACUCAUUGAGCUCUCCCUUCCCUUGUGUACCCCUUCCCAAAGUGAAAAGCUUACUAUAAAUUUACAUCAAGGGGAUGGAGCAGUUCACACCUUUGGGUGUUAAACCACUACUCAGUUUUCAAAUUAGAUAGCAAAGAGAGAGAAAAAAAA